AGGCGUGUUUUGGAGUGUGCCCGACACGCUCUUUCACAAAGGAAUCUGUUGACUGCACAAUGGCGCGUCGAUUGGCCGCUUUACAUGUGUUGCUCUGCCUGGCAGAGGCGAAGCAGAUGCAGCGGGCCGCGGCUGUUACAAAGAUCACUCCGGACUCCAUCACUGCAAAGACGGCCACCAGCAUUACCUUUACGGGUGCCGCGGACGGCGACAAGGUAGAGUUCGCCCUGGACUGCACGAAGGUCAGCACCCCCGGCUCCACCGUCGCGGAGGGCGUAGCAAAGAUCACGGUCGAGGACGAGGCCGAGAAGCUCAGCCUUUGCCUCCAGGAGGCUGGCAAGAACGAAGUGGUGGCGCAGAAUGGUGUUGCCUUGGCUGUGGUGCCCCCAACGGACACGGGAGCCAUCAUCGGCAUUGCUCCCACCACCAUUACACAAGGCGAGGCGACGACGAUCAGCAUCAAAGGCGCAGGCCCUGAGUCCAAGGCGAUCUUCAUCCCGGCCCAGGAGGACUGCCGACAGGCCAUCCCCACCGUGAGUUUGGACGCCAGCGGCAAGGGUCUCUUCACCAUCAGCAGCGCGGGGGGCGCCUACAAGCUGUGCUACCGCGCCCCGGGCGGCAGCGACUCCGUGGAGCAGAACCCCGAUACCGGGGCCAUCUCCCUGCAAGUCAUCCAGGCCACCUCCACGAGGGAGGACCAGGUCACUUCGAUCAGUCCCACUGUGAUCACGUCCAACGUCGCCACCACCAUCGCGGUCAUCGGCGCCAAGUCCGGGGACAAGGCCUCCUUCGUGAACUCCGAGACCUCCUCCUGUGAUCAGGUCACCCCAGAGAAGGAUGUGGGUGCUGGCCACGCUUCCUUUACUGUGAGCGGGGCUGGUACCUAUGUGCUCUGCUACACCGUCAAGGGCGCCUCCGACUCCGUGCAGCAGAAAGGAAUCAGCCUGACUGUGAAGCCUCCCGGAGUGGCGCAGAACAUGCUUGGACGCUGGACCAGCAAGAAUGGCAACGCGGACUGCUCGGGUUUGUCGCAGGUGCCAUACUGCAGUGCUGCAGGCGUCGGCGAAUGCGAGCGGAGCUUUACCGUCAUGUCCGGCAUCGGAUACAAGUGCUUUUGGCACACUGGAGUUUGGCCUCCCAUGUGUGAUGUCGACAUGAGCACCGACGAGCGCGGCAUGAUCUGCCAGUCCAACUCCUGCGGUGGCUCCCCUGCCAUGUGCUGGUGAAGUGCUUGCUUGAAGGCCGUUUCACAGCCAAUACACAGAUCUCCAGAAGAACAUGUGCAGAGAUGACAAAUAUGCGAG